AUGGAAGGAGAUGUACUCUGCUAUCCAAAUCUAAACUCCUCCUGCAAGAAACCUACCCAUCCUCACACUGAGGCCAUGCUGAUUUAUGUUCUGUUGUCAGCCAUUUCUAUCAUCACUGUGACUCUUAAUACGCUGGUCAUCAUUUCCAUCUCCCAUUUCAGGAAGCUUCAUACUCCCACAAACCUGCUGCUCCUCUCUCUGGCUGUCUCAGAUCUUUUGGUGGGUCUUCUACUGAUGCCAGUUGAAAUAAUCUACAUAGAGAGUUGUUGGUUUCUUGGUGAUAUUGUAUGCAGUUUUUAUUAUGUUAUUGACUAUGUUAUUACUUCUGCUUCAGUAGCAAACAUGGUGCUCAUAUCAAUUGACCGUUACAUGGCCAUAUGUAACCCGAUGACCUAUCACACUAAAGUCACUCAGAAAAGAGUGGAGGUCUGUAUUUUACUGUGUUGGAUUGCUGCAAUUUUAUAUAGGAUUGCUAUUUUAUAUGACCACCUUGAAAAUCCAGGCAUGUCUAACUCCUGCUCUGGAGAGUGUGUUGUUGUAAUUAAUUACAUAUCAGGAGCAAUUGAUCUAGUAUGCACCUUUAUUCUUCCUAUUUUAAUCAUCAUAGUUCUGUAUUUAAGAGUAUUUGUGGUAGCGGUGACUCAGGCUCAUGCGAUGCGGUCUCAGAUUGCAUCUGUCCGAAACCAUGAUCAGGCUCCCACAGUGAAGAAAACAGAGUUGAAAGCGGCCAGGACUCUUGGUAUUGUUGUAAUUGUGUUUUUGUGUUGUUUCUGUCCAUAUUACUACCCCUCUCUGACAGGUGAAGACACAUCUAUUGAUGCUUCAUCUAUAGAUGUUGAGAUCUGGUUGGCCCACUUUAACUCAUGUCUAAACCCUGUGAUCUAUGCCUUUUUUUACCCCUGGUUCAGGAAAUCUAUGAAACUCAUUCUUACUCUUCAGAUAUUGAAGCCUGGCUCCAGUAAUGCCAAUAUACUGUAG